CAGCACUGCAACAAAGCACGUUUCAUAUCAUAAUACAUUUUCAAACCUUUAAAGAAUAUUGUCUCAACUUAACGUUCAGCAGACAAAUGUAUUAGAAAUGAAGGAAAAACAUUUGUGUAUGCGCCGGAAAGUUAUGAGAAAUAUUCCUCCCUUGACAAUUAGAAGAUAGAUAAGUAAAAGACGGGUGUUAUUGCUCUCUAUGGUAUAUCAGCAGCUUUGCAGAUCCACACAGCGAGCCCAGAUCACCCUGAGUAUACACACGCUAUCCGCCUACUAGAUUCUAAUUGGUUAAGAAUCUACAUGAAAUACAGCGAGAUUGUCUGUUGCAACAGCCUCCCUGAGCGGCCUGUGAUGGUGUUUUUACCGCGAGCUAGCGAUCUUAUGAUGGAUAAUUACACGUUAUAGUUUGCCUGAAGUAAAUGGAACACGUUUUCAUUUUGAAGGAGCAUACCAAUCUGAAACUUUUCGUCACUGCAAUAGUUUGCUCGCCUUACCUAGUGAAGACUUUGGGAAACAACGUCAUCCUUUGGGGUGAACAACGAGUAUCCUUCAGAGGACUCAGAACCACUCACGCGUCCUUCAUGGUCGUACUAAAGAGGAUUGCAUCCAACAGCAGAUAAUGAGCACAGAAUCCGCUUAUGUCUAAAUAAUGGAAUACAAGAACUCGUCCAUACCUAACAAUACUGUCAUUGACAAUGCGACACGGGGUGACGGAGGGGACUUUGUGUACGAGCCCCUUAAAGUACCCGGAUAUGUCCAGGCAAUCAUCAUCACAGCAUACUCGGUCACCAUCCUCCUGUCGGUGGGCGGUAACGGUACAGUUUGUUACAUCGUGUUUCGGGCCCGGCGAAUGAGGACCGUAAUGAAUUUUUUCAUCGUCAGUCUCGCUCUCAGUGACAUUCUCAUGGCCGUUUUCUGUAUACCCUUCACUUUUGUGGCGAAUCUUGUCCUCAAUGAAUGGCCGUUUGGAGACUUGUUGUGUCCGGUGGUCACAUUCCUGCAGUCAGUUACGGUGUUUCUCAGUUCCCUGACGCUAGUCGCCAUCAGCAUCGAUAGAUACGUCGCCAUCAUCUACCCCUUCCGACCCAAGAUGACCAAAAUGCAAGCGUUUAUUGUGAUAUCAGUGAUUUGGUUGUUUUCUUUUGUCAUUAACAUUCCCACCGCCUUAACGGCUCGGACACAUACCUACUUAAACGUAUCCACGGCGCCUGAGUUUUGUGAGGAGAUACUUUGGAACGACCAUAGAUUGGAAUACGUGUAUGGAGUUGCCAUUUUGUUACUUCAAUAUUUCAUUCCCCUCAUCAUCUUUAUUUGUGCAUAUGGUCGAAUCAUCAUCGCUAUGUGGGUUGAAAAGACCCCUGGGGAGGCAAUGUCCUCCCGCGAUCAGAGAAUGUCAGACUCAAAGAAAAAGAUAAUUCGGAUGAUGAUAGUGGUGGUUGUUAUCUACGCUACUUGUUGGCUUCCGCUCAACGUCAUCAACAUCGCCGGCGACAUCGAUCCCACCAUUUACGACACAAAGGGGAUGAACUAUAUUUGGAUGACUUGUCAUUGGCUGGCGAUGAGCAACUGCAUGUACAACCCGUUCAUCUACUGUUGGAUGAAUUCAAAAUUCAGAAACGGCUUCCGAAGAGUUUUGAGUUAUCUAACGUGUGGUUACGUUAGAAUGGCGGACGAAGUCGAACUGUCUCACUUCCGCCGCCAUGACACUGUGAAUACGUCGGUAGGGGGCAGCUUACAGCUAUACUACAAACAGAAUUCUGUAACGUCGAACGAGUGUUCAUCUCCCCGGGAUAAAAUUAAGAACGGACAUGUGUAUCGUCCGGUGCCAUCUAAUCUGUAGUUUACAGAUAAUUAAAUAAAAUAUGUCGUACAAUA